AAGUCUCUUACAUCUGUACAUGGAUACGCACAGAACAAUUAUUAUAAGCAAGGUUAAAGCAGUGGAUAAUACAACUUGGCAAGAUUGACCAUAUGAAAUAUGAUCAUAUAUAUUAGAAUGACUUUGUCAAACAGAUGGGUUGCAAUAACAGUUAUGCCUGUAUUUGAGUGUAUAUCAUAUAUGUAGUAAGAAAAGGUAUGAUAGUUAUCACAGAGAAAGAUCGUUGUGAAAUAAGAGGAAUCAGCACAUGACCGGAGUUCAUACGUAGUAUGUCACUGAUUUUGCAAAAUGAGUGAGUUAAAAUAUACAUAAGUAAGACAUUUCUGAUCUUAUAAGAUAUUUUACAUGUCAACCCUAUUUUUCCACAAUGCCUAAAGUUUGUACUGUGUUAGGUGCCCUUCCAUGACAACUACUCCUCCAUUUACAUUUUUUACUCCUUUUUUUCUGACCAAAGUCCUUUGAGCCUGGAGCCUAACCCAGUUAACAUUGAUCAAAGGCAGGGCACACCCGCUGAGACCACAACUUCGUCCCAAGGUCAACGCUCAUACGAUCUCCCUCACAUACUCACUAUAACUUAGAUUCCCCAGUAAACCUAACACAGCUGUUUUUGGUUUGUAGGAAGUAGCUCUUGCAUAUGGAAAGAUCCCCUACGGACAUAUGGAGAACAUGCAAACUUCUAAUGCAAAUUGAAACCUGAUGCCAUUAGACAGUCUAUCAUGCCACCUUUUUCAUCUUCACUCAGUGUAGCAAGUGCAAAUUUCAUCUCACUCAAGAGAAUCAUUAUCAGAUUGGACGAGUGCAGCAUUGUCAGUGUACUUUAAAAUGUGUUUCAUGUUGUACAACUCUGCUAGUAACAGGCUGUCCACAUUGAAUGUUGACAUAGCAACAUCAGAAAACUCUUGUUAUUAACAUUGCUACUUGGCAUUUUCUUUUCAUUUAGAAAUAAACACUACUUUUGGGGAAUAGUUGGGGAAUGAAUGAAUAGUUAUUUAAUGACUGUAAAUGCAACAAGGAAGUAAGUGUAAUGUAACAACUUUAAAUUUAGGCUGUUAACCAAGACCAGGGUUGAUGUUGUGAAUGAUUACUAAAACAGAUUUUGCAGUGAUAGCUUAUGAUGAUAAGUUAAGGAAAAGAAAAAUGUAAAAAAAAAAAAAAAAAAAAAAAAAAAAAAAACUAUCACUAAAAAAAUGAAAACAACAAAGCAAAUUAAUAUAGCUGCAAACAAGCAGUUAAUGAAGCACUUGCAUGUGAUAGUAUUGUAGUCAAAUGCCAUAAAUCAUGAAUGCAGAGGGCAUUAAAAUGCAUUGCGUGGCAGAGCGUGUGUCUAGCUACUUAAAGAGAUGAGUGUUUGCAUACUGGUCUAGUUAUUUGCAUUGUUUUCACAUGAGUUAUGAUCCUGCUCUGCACAUUCCCAGUUGACUGAUAACUAAAGCCUGUGUACUGCGAGUGAAAUAGCUGAGACGGCUGAGCUGCUAAUUUUAGUUGCUAGCAACUGUACUAAUCUUAAUGACUCAAAGUCCUCCUGUCUCAGUGGAAAAAUACAGCAGGAAGUGGCUUUACCUCCAACCUUUGUCAGAGCCAAACAGUUUUCUCGAGUGAGGCAGCACAGAGUGCAGAGCAGUCCGACAAUAAUUAGGUCAUAGAGAAGCCAAAGGAAACCAUAGCCACUUUGUUUCGCACUUUGGCUCCGCUCAUGACAUGCUGUUUGUGUAGAGAUCCCGCAGUGCGUCCGGCUGAGAGGAAUACUGAUCAGUUUGCUGUUGCUGGUUGCAGCUCUUGGGGGAGGGGGCUUUGUGAUGGAGGGAGAAUUCCUCAAACCCAACAGCGUGGAGGUCCCGGGUCAGGACACUUCUGUGAAGAAGACGACUCAACUAUUAGACCGUGGUCAGUGGGCAAACAAGAUCGAGUUUCUGCUGGCCGUAGCAGGAACCUUAGUUGGUCUAGGAAACCUCUGGAGGUUCCCCUAUUUGUGUUACAAAAAUGGAGGAGGUGCAUUUCUGAUCCCAUACACCCUGUUUCUGCUGGCUUGUGGAAUCCCAAUGUUCCUCCUGGAGACAGCUAUGGGACAGUACACCUCCCAGGGAUGUAUCACCUGCUGGAGGCACUUCUGCCCUUUGUUUGAAGGGAUCGGCUAUGCCACCCAGAUAGUGAUUGCAUACGCCGCUGUGUCAUACAUCGUCAUCCAGGCGUGGGCCUUCUUCUACCUUUUCUCAUCCUUCAGUUCGGAGGUUCCUUGGGCCAGCUGCAGGAACACCUGGAACACAGACUCUUGUGUUGAAUUCGAUAAAACAAAUGCAUCAUCCAAUUGGACAGCAGCUGCAAACGCAACAACACCUGCAACUGAAUUCUGGGAGAGACGAGUACUGGGUAUAUCUCAAGGAAUUGAGGAGAUUGGUAGCCUGAGGUGGGAAUUGGCCUUGUGUCUCUUAUUGGCGUGGAUCCUCUGCUACUUUUGUGUUUGGAAAGGAGUGAGAUCGACUGGAAAGGUCGUUUACUUUACGGCCACUUUUCCUUAUGUGAUGUUGGUGGUUCUCUUGGCCCGUGGACUCAGUUUACCGGGCGCUAUGAACGGCAUAGCGUUCUACCUGUAUCCUGACCCCACAAGGUUGGUGGACCCUCAAGUUUGGAUGGACGCGGGAGCACAGGUUCUUUUCUCUUUUGGGAUUUGUCAGGGCAGUUUGACGGCUCUGGGAAGUUACAAUCAAUAUAACAAUGAUUGCUACAAGGACACAUUUGUUCUUUGUUUGGUGAAUGGAGGAUCCAGCUUUGUGGCAGGAUUUGCAAUCUUCUCUGUUUUGGGCUUCAUGUCCUAUGAGCAAGGACUGCCAAUAUCUGAAGUGGCUGCUUCUGGACCAGGCCUGGCAUUUAUUGCCUAUCCACGAGCCGUCGCAAUGAUGCCGUUACCUCAGCUGUGGGCUAUCUGCUUCUUCGUCAUGGUAAUCUUGCUGGGAGCAGAUACUCAGUUUGUGAGCUUGGAAUGCUUGAUGACCUCCGUCACUGAUAUGUUCCCCACUGUGUUUCGGAGACCUUAUCGACGAGAACUGCUGCUGCUCUGUCUCUGCACUGUGUGCUUCUUCCUCGGCCUCCUUCUGGUCACAGAGGGUGGCUUGUAUUUUCUACAACUCUUUGACCAUUAUGUCUGCAGCGGCAACAACCUCCUUCUGCUGUCGGUGUGUCAGUCAAUAGCAAUCGGUUGGAUAUAUGGUGCAGACAAUCUGUAUGACAACAUCGAAGACAUGAUCGGCUACCGUCCGUGGCCUCUGAUGAAGAUUUGCUGGCUUUACAUUACCCCCGCUGUUUGUCUGGGUACCUUCAUCUUUUCCGUGGUGAAAUACAACCCUCUCAAGUUCAACAAAACCUACAUCUAUCCCACCUGGGCGUACGCGCUGGGCUGGUCGCUCGGACUCUUCUGCGUGCUUCUGGUUCCUCUGUGGAUGAUCUUCAAGCUCACUCAGAUGAAGGGAACAAUGGCUGAGAACCUGAGGCAGCUGUGCCGGCCGGAGAGCAAGAUCCUCAGCACUGCGAAGCAGCCGGAGCAGUACCCUCUGAACCCAGACAACCGUCUCACGCCUGCUGCCAACGAAUACAAGGGGAACGGUGGACCUGAGGCAGAAGUGCAAGUGUGAGAAUGUCGAUACAGUUUUUUAUGCAAGAUUUUUAUAUUCACCAGCCAAUAUAGCCAGCUAGACGUUUUGAUGAGCAAUAAAUUCUGUCUGUGCACUUCAGACUCACGUGGUCUGCAACCCACAGCACAAGCACUGUCUUAGACCUUUGAAGUACACACAAAAUUGACAAACUUUUUGUCAAAGCUAUUUUUACUGAAUUCUUACUGAAAUCUUUAAUGUGUCUGACUAAAGAUGCACUGACUUUUGGACUAUCCUCUAUAGACCGUCCUAAAUAUUGUCUGAUGCUAUUAGUUGUCCAUGUUUUCAUGCUGAUACAUUUAUUUAUAUUCAUUUUAUAUUGACUGAUCAUGUUUUAAUGAAAUAACCCAUGGGUGUGAUUUGCUGAGAGCUAUGGAUGGGAUAUAUAUAUAUAACCCCCAUUGUGUCAUUUAUUAUUAUAGUCUUGGAUUUUAUCUUGUCUGCUGUAAAUUUAUACAUUUUAUUUUUAUGAAACAUUAUGCUCCAAAGCUUUAUGUUUUAAUAAAAAGUAAUAUAAUUUGUACCCUCUACCACCCUCAUCAAAAAAAACUAACAAACAAAAAAACUAGAAUAACAUCCGUCCAUCAGUCCAAACGGUUGAAACAUCCCUUCCUCUGCUUCCUUCACAAAUCGCAUCCGGAGUGACUCCAGGAGCCUGAUUCUGCUACAAAAUGAAACCGGAUAUGUUUAUGUUUUGCUUCACUGUAUCAAUUGGUCCCCAGCCCACUAUGUUCGUAACCUAACACUGUGACAAGGUGUGCAUGAAGACCCUCACACCGACGACUUCAAGGAAGGAGAAAUGUUUUAAGCUAUUUUGAAUAGUGUAGAAAAAAGAGGGAUUUCCUUUCUCUUUCGUUUCUUUUCUCUGUCAGCUCACAGGAAAAUGCGCACAAGUCUGUACUCGGCAGCUGUUGUUUGAUGUCAGAAAGACACACUAGUCACUUUCAACACAAUCGAUAUGAAGUCUAUUUUUGAAGCGAAAACCACCGUCAGUCUUAACAAACUAAAAGACCAAAAAAAAAAAAAAAAAGGAGUUGGUCCAGGUUUGAUAACGGUUAGCCACUCAGGAGAGGUGAUCCCUGACUUCAGCUACCUGAAGACACAAA